GUACCUCGCGAGUUCGUUGAAUCAAAUUUCUUCGCUGAUCCAGUCGAGCCAGCAAAAGGCCCGCGAAAAUGUCCGUCUCGAUUUUUCUCUUGUUCAUGCAAAUUUGUUUCGUCUUUUGUGAAGCCGGGAGUCAUAUUUCCGAUUUAACAGUGGCCUUGCGACCUAAAGAGAUGGAAUAUGAUGCGGGGGCGGUUGUAGAGCCCAAAUAUUUCCUCCCUUUGGUACGUUUGAGCGUCGGGGGUGGAAAUGAGACUGUUCCCGUACCGGCAAGUUUGUCCAGGAUGCUGAACAUCUUCGAUACUGAACAACUUGUGGCCAAUUGGGGUAUGACAAAGAGGUCGGUCUCUGAGAGGUGCAGGGGAGAUGUGGAAGGCUUUAUCGGGGGGUUGACGAAAGGAGAGAAUUGGGCCCUGAAAAUGGAAGAUGCCAGCGGAAAAUAUUCAACUGGAUGGUUCUUUGGCAACCACUAUUGGACAGGGUCGAGAAUUCUAUGCGAGAAUAUUUAUUUCGAAGAAGAAGAAAAAUUAAUCGCUUCUAUGAACUCGGUCAGAGUAUCUAGAGAAGCAGGAGUCUUAAAGACACCGAAAAGCCCCAGCCAAGGCGUCGAAUAUGAAUCUACUUUAGGAUCAUCGUCUUCAUCACCGUUUCCAGUAGGUUUCUUCAUGUUGCGUCUUCACUUGAGAACGAAUUUCACCACAGAUAACAAAAUCAUACACGUUGGAGUUUGCAUGCCCUUUUCUUGCACAGAUGACGAUGUGAUUGGAAUUGUUAGAGAGACGUCCAGAGGAAAUUUUUACGUAGACGUGGAAGUAGAGGCCAUAAGGUCCAACCAUGAUAAAUUCGAUCUGUGGACGGAUAAGACUUUUAUAUUUCUAUGCUUUAUAACCAGCUUCACCGUGAUCAUGCUCUUCAUAGGAACGACAUACGACUUUUAUUCAGAAUAUUCGAAAGAACAAAGGAGAAAAAAAUCUGCGUACAACUUGGUGAACGAACAGUUGAAAAUAGGAAUGACAGAAUCCGAUUUAAAAUCGACCAACGGUAAACACGGAGUAUACAUAAUCAACAAAUCUGACGACGCCAAAUCAGAUCUUAGUGAAGGAUCGAAUAAUACUUCAGAUAAACAUAAAGGGCAAUCUGUGUGGAAUUUUCUUGUGAGGGAGGUUUUGAUGUCAUUUUCUAUAAGGAUGAACAUGAGGAUUAUUUGUGACCAUUCUGUUGGCAGUGAUACCAUUCCAACUAUCCAUGGUUUAAAGUCAAUCAGUAUGGCUUGGGUCAUACUGGGCCAUACUUGCAUAAUCGCUUUCAAAUAUUCUGAUAACAUGGAGUUCCGAAGAGUGAUAGAGAAAGAUUUCCUCUUCCAAACCAUUUCCAAUGGUGCCUUCAGCGUCGAUUCAUUUUUCUUCGCUAGUGGCUUGCUGGUCUCCUUCCUCUACUUCCGCACCAACGCCAAAGGAAAACUAGACCCUUUGACCAAUGGCAAGAAAGGAUUCUCCGCAGGGUUCCUCCAUUUCUUCGGCUUGGUCUUUUACAGAUUUCUGAGGUUAACAGUCCCCUACCUUGUCACCUUAGCUUUAGUCGACAUUUCCAUGAAAUGGUUCAAUUAUAACUCAGUUUUUGAACCUCCCACUUUGGAUCACGUGAACUGCGAGAAAUAUUGGUGGAGGAACAUCCUGUACAUCAACACCUUGUUUCCAGUGGAAGAAAUGUGCAUGUUGUGGAGUUGGUAUUUGUCAGAUGAUACCCAGUUUUAUGUUAUUGGGGCUGUUAUAUUGAUAUUAUCAACAAGCCAUUUCAAAAGUGCAGCAUCCGUCCUACUGACCCUGUUGGUAAGUUCAUGGAUGACCACCAGCUAUAUAGCAUACAGCAACAGCCACCGACCUGGUUCUGACGAUCCUCUAGCAUUAUUCGACAAGAUAUACGACAAACCAUGGACAAGGCUAGGGCCUUAUCUUGUAGGCAUGUCUAUUGGUUGGUUCCUCUUCAAGAAAAACUGCCAGUUGCACAUGAACAAGGUUGUUGUCUUGGUCGGUUGGACCCUGUCUACAGGCUGUCUUUUGGUGUUGGUCUAUGGAUUGUAUGGGGUGAACUUGGAUCCAAUAAGUGGAGCUGCUUACAGCGCUCUAAGCCAUUCAGCAUGGGCUCUUGGGCUUGGAUGGAUUGUCGUGGCAUGUUCCACAGGUUAUGGAGGUAUCGUCAACAAAAUCUUAUCAGCCGGCAUCCUAUACCCCUUCAGUAGGGUGACCUACUGCGCUUAUCUGCUGCAUCCGAUUGUCAUAAGAGCUAUGGCCAUGAGCAUGGACAGUCCUCUACAUCUAGGCACCAUCGUGAUGCUGAUAAUCUUCCUGGGACAGGUGGUGGCUUCGUAUUCCCUGGCUUUCUUCAUGUCCAUAGCAUUCGAAGCACCCACUGUAUCGAUGUUGAGGAUAAUGCAGAAAUUGGUGGCCUUCAAGAAGGAACAGCAACGUGUACUGCUUCAGAACACACCGACGUGAUAGUACCCAAGAAGGAUAGCUUCUUUGUACAAAAUUAGCCAGUAGGAAUCGAGUUACUAAGCUUCACAAUUGAAGCUAUCUAUGCCUUGUUUGAAUGAGACGAGCAACCAGCCGAGUACUCGAUUAAUCUAAACACAUGGCACGAGUGGUUGAAAACCGCACAGGAUUGUGAUAAUUGUGAUUAUGCGAAUUUAAAAAAUUUAGUUGAAUAGUUUAGGAAUAGGAUUUAUACGAUUUAAAAUGGUUAUAUUGGAAACACUUUUUUGAUAUUCACAAAUGAAAACUGAUUUUAAUAUUUUAAAAAAUAUCGUUUAGUCUUAGUGAUUUUAGCAUUGAAAAAUGUUGGUUGACAGAACUGUUUUCUGUACUCAAGUUUGACAGAUAAAAGAUGACUAGAGAUUUCCAAGUACCAACCUAUAAUAAUGAAAAUAAUGAAAUAUACCACGAAAUAUUUUUUAAAGAUUUUUCCUCAUAAUUUUGUUAUAAUUAGCAGAUUUGCCACAGAAUUAGAUAAGAAAAUUUAUGAACGUUGUUAAAGUGUAUACCUUUUCAUGAUUUAAUGGCAUAACCUAUUGGACACAAAUGACCUAACCUAAACUAACCUAUUGGACACAAAUGACUUGAGAAAUGUCAAAAAAUAAUAAACAGUGUUGCCAUUAUAACCAUUUCGAAUGGUAUCAUUCCAAUUGGAAAAACAUAUAAUAUUAGGGUCUAGCCGCUCAACUAAUGAAAUUAAAGUACCAAAUCGGGUUUUUUGGCUGAGAGUUCUCCCCAUGUGAACCAGGAAUCAAACAAGGUUAUUUUAGAAAUAAAACUCCUUUUUCGUGUUGCAUUAGUGUAUUUGAAUGAAAUAUGUUCAAGUAACAUUAUAAGUUUUUACAUUUCUAUGAAAAUAUAUAAGUAAACUUCAAA